AUGGCCGACGCUGGUGAGGCCGAGGCCGACUCGUACCAGAAGCUCCGUCAGAUCUACCGCGACAUCCAGGCCGGCGCGAAGGCUUUCCUGGCGGCGGAGUACAGGAUGUGCCUCGCCUUCCUCGCAGUCUUCGGCGUCGCGAUGAUCUUCUUCAUCGGCACUCUCACCGCCUUCUCCUUCUUCGUCGGCGGCAUCACCUCCAUGGUCAGCGGCUACAUCGGAAUGAUGAUCGCCGUGUUCACCAACGCCAGGUGCACC